AUGAUGUCAAUACGAUGUACUUUAAAGAGAUUUAGGCCAAUACAGAGAAUUCAAAAACGUCAUAUAUCAUUGAAUGCAGAACUUCAAGCAUCAUUAUCCGGAUCUAAAGAAUUACCAGUUGUUGUGAUAGGUGGUGGUCAUGCUGGAUGUGAAGCUGCAACUGGUUCAGCAAGAAGUGGUACUCCAACUUAUUUGAUAACACAAGAUCUAACCAAAAUAGGUACAUGCUCUUGCAAUCCUUCUAUGGGUGGGGUUGGAAAAGGUACUCUAUUAAAAGAAGUUGAUGCAUUAGAUGGUGUUGCACCAAAAAUUGUUGAUAAAGCUGGGGUUCAAUUUAGAGUACUUAAUAGUUCAAGAGGUCCAGCAGUUUGGGGACCAAGAGCUCAGAUAGAUAGAGAUAUAUAUCUUGCUGAAAUGCAAAAAGAAUUAUCAAAUUAUGAAAAUUUAAAUUUAUUACAAGGUCAAGUUAAAGAUAUUAUUAUUGAAGAAACUUCUAAUCAACAAGAACCAAAUGUUAUAAAAGGUAUAAUAUUAGAAGAUGGUAGAAUUUUCAAAACAUCAAGAGUUGUUAUAACAACAGGUACAUUCCUUGGAGGUGAAAUUCAUAUCGGAUUAUCAGUUUUCCCAGCAGGUAGAAUUGGUGAAAAGGCAACAUUUGGAAUAUCUAAAACUUUAAAAGAUGCAGGAUUUCAAUUAGGAAGAUUGAAAACUGGUACACCACCAAGAUUAUCAUCGAAAACCAUUGAUUAUUCAAAUUUAGAAGUUCAAUAUGGUGAUGAUCCCCCACAAACCAUGAGUUAUAUGAAUGAUAAAGUAUCAAUUGAAGAUCAACUUGUUUGUCAUGGAACAAGAACUACUGAAGAAUUACACAAUCUUUUAAGACAAAAUUUAGAUAAAUCUAUUCAUAUCAGAGAAACUAUUAAAGGUCCAAGAUAUUGUCCUUCUAUUGAAAGUAAGAUUAUACGUUUCCCUGAAAAGGAUAGUCAUAAGAUUUGGUUAGAACCUGAAGGAUUAAACACGGAUGUUGUUUAUCCAAAUGGUAUUUCUGUAACAAUGCCAGAAGAGAUUCAACAUCAAUUAUUGAGAAUGAUUCCAGGUUUAGAAAAUGUUAAGAUGUUACAACCUGGUUAUGGUGUUGAAUAUGAUUAUGUUGAUCCUAGACAAUUACGUCAAACUUUAGAAACUAAAUUAGUCAAAGGUUUAUUCUUGGCUGGACAAAUCAAUGGUACUACUGGGUAUGAAGAAGCUGCAUCACAAGGAUGUGUAGCUGGUAUAAAUGCUGGUUUAAGUUAUCAAGAAAAAGAACAAUUAAAACUUUCAAGAUCAGAAGCAUAUACUGGUGUUUUGAUUGAUGAUUUAAUAACAAAAGGUGUCGAAGAACCAUAUAGAAUGUUUACUUCAAGAUCUGAAUUCAGAAUUAGUGUAAGAGCUGAUAAUGCUGACUUGAGAUUAACAGAAUUAGGUAGAGAAUUAGGUGUGGUGAAGGAUGAAAGAUGGGAUAGAUAUUCAUCAGAUAAAAUUACAAUGUUAAACUUGGUUGAUGAAAUGAGAUCAGUCUCAUUAUCAGGAUAUAAAUGGAGUGAAGCAUUAGGAAUAACUGUUGGAAAUGAUAGUAAUAAAAAAACUGCUUAUGACAUGUUAAGAUUUACUGGUGUUAAAAUUCAUGAUUUAAUACCACAUAUUGGCUCAAGUUUCCAAAAAAUACCUGAAAGAAUCUUACAAAAAGUUGCUAUUGAAGGUGUUUACUCUCCAUAUGUUAACAAACAAUCACAUUUCAUUAAAGCUUUCCAAUCUGAUGAAGGAAUGUUAUUACCUUUAAAUUUUGAUUAUACAACCAUGAAGUCAAUGAGUACUGAAUGUAUUGAUAUUUUGAACCGUGUUCAACCGGAAACAAUUGGCCAAGCAAGAAGAACUCAAGGUAUUACACCAGCUUCUAUUUUCGAAUUAUAUCGAAUUGUCAAGAAUAGACAAGCUGAAAUCAAAAGUUCAAGGGCCGCAUCGUUAGUUAUAUAA